AACGUUCCUGCGCGGCCUCCUUGCGCGUGUGCCACGCAGUCAUGUCGCAAUGUGACCAGCCGAGUCGCAUCAUCAUCAGCAACGUGUUUCACCACCCCUCCAAGGCCUCACACCUCACCCACCCUCUCUCCACUACCCAGCAUUGCCGUUCGUUAUUAGCCUCCAACGGCCAUGUUCCAACUUUUUUCCCUUUCUCGCCCUCUUGAGCCGGCUCAAAAGUCCUUCAUUUUUCCAUUUUCCUUGUCACUCACCACCAUGGCGUCCUCGCAUUUUUGAGCAUCUGUUGCGCAGUCUCCAGAAUGGAAACUGGGCACCGUCAAUCCUCAUCUCUGGCAGAUGUUACAGCAUACAAAAAAAGAACAAACGAUUUCAAUUGGCUUCCAUCGCAAUACGGCACCGGGUGUGACCUGUUGUGAUAGGUGGGCUUGCCUUGUAUGUGUCUUGUGCAGCUGUCUGUAGCACUAUGAAUCAUGCUCUAUGUAUGCUGAUAUACUACCACAGAGUCGGCAUCAACUUGAAUGAUAUAGAGAUAGAACAAAACAAAUCCCCACCAUCGCUAGCAACAGUCUCUCUCUUGCAUGGGUAAUUUCUAAAGUACUCCAAGCCAUCACCACGUUCCUAAACAUGUUCCUCUAUCCGGUCGCAAGCCUAUGGUCCAUCCUUCUCCCUUUGCUCCUCCUCCUUGUAGUAUCAACAACGGCGCAUCCAUACCCGCAGUAUUCCCACAAGAUACGGUCCUUGGAAAACCAGUAUAUCCAUCCAACCUUUCACCUCUUCCCACGAAGCUGGUUCCACACAGAGAAGCGCGCAUCACCAAACACCCCUCACAUCCGCCGUCGCGGCCUCCCUGGCGCAGUCUACGUCUGUACACGGCAAAACUUCCGUGGCGACUGCGCGUGGAUCAUGCCCGACAACAAAUGUCACAUUCCCGGUACAGGCGACAACUCACCCGAAUCAAUCGGCCCCGACCCAGACGGCUUUUGCGUCCUCUUCGAAUCUACCACGUGCGAUGGUAAUCAAAUUGCAACGCUACGCUUCCCCGGUAUCGAAGAUCAGGUACCGGAAUUUGGGGGCAUUCAGUGUUUCGCGGACGGUGGGAAAGGCAUGAAUGCGACGGCAGCUACGAAGGGUCUUGGAGCGUUCAAGGCAAACGCGGAUCCUAGGCUGCCUGGUGGGUUUGGCAGUGCGGAUGCGUUUGCGCUGAAGAGUGUGCUUGCAGAAAUGGAGAGAGAAGGCUUCAAUGAGGGUAUGAUUGGAUUAAAGAAAGGUCAUUAUUAUUGAAGAGAAAUCGGACGUCAUCUACCACACCUUUUUCUUCUGGUCUUUUCUCCCUCGUCCACGUCACAACUUUUUGUAGGGACGAAAGACGUCACUUUUCCACAAGCCACCUCUACAAUACGUCUGCCUCUUGCUUUCAUUGCAAAGUGUUGACGUUUUCG